AUUUAGUGCUGACUUAGUGGGAGUGGAGCACCUCGCUUCUGAACGACCGUAUAUCGGCCGUCUUAUUGCAGACCACUAAUAUUUCUGCACACAUAGUUCCAAGGCUUGCUUACUUCGGUGACCAACUGCAUGAACCCGGAGGAUCAAACAUUGGAUUGUAGGUAGGUACCUAGGCACAUACAGAUUUGAGGUAAGUGAUGCAUGGCAUUGAGGGAUAUAAAUUUUGAGGAGGGAAUUGCAUGAUUUAACCGACAGACUUGAUGUGCGUAGCAAGUUUUGACUUGUUCAUUUAUCUUUGUCUACCUACCUAGAAGGAGAGGGAGGUGUAAUCUUCAUUCAUUGCCAAUUCGGACCUUCGAACUGUGAGCAUAACAUGAAUUUCGCAUAUACUUGGCCAGACAUAUUUGGAGUACGACUUGGAAUUUUCCAAGCUGCUCUACUUACCGUUACUGCAGCUGCUGUAGCGUUGCUGUCUGUUCGUCUUAUCAUUUCGCCCAACAGGAGAGAGAAAGAAAUAUUCAUUCCAUCGCCACGUACGACAGUUCUCCCGAACCUUUCGCAGGAACAGACGACACACCUGCCAUACCCGCCGAAUGCGUUGCCUGGGGAAAGGGACGUGGCAACGCCGUAUGGAUCUAUACGUGUUUACGAGUGGGGACCCGAAGACGGGGAAAGGGUCCUGUUCGUCCACGGGAUUAGCACACCAAUUGUGGCUCUUGGGGAUCUAGGUCGGGAAUUAGCCACCAAGGGAUACCGAGUUAUGCUUUUUGAUCUCUUUGGGCGUGGGUACUCCGAUGGACCUAAAGACCUUGCCUACGACUCAAGGCUUUACGUGACGCAAAUACUACUAGUUCUCGCUUCGUCAAAGGUGUCGUGGAAAACAUUCCAUCUUGUGGGAUACUCCCUCGGUGGUGGCCUCUGCGUUGCAUUCACACGAUAUUUCCCACAUUUAAUUGAUUCGCUCACCCUGAUAGGUGGCUGUGGCCUGAUCCGACGGCAUCAUGUCGGUUGGACAAGCUGGCUGCUGUAUAGAUCAGGACUUUUACCCGAUCUCUUGGUGCAAAGGCUGGUGCGUAGGAGGAUCCGACCGAAGGACAACAAAGAGAAAAAGCCACCGCGUAGCGUGGGCGCCGCCGAUAUUGAGUCUGUUGAGACUAAGAGGUGUCUGCCGCAUGGAAAUAGUGAUGCUAAUGGCGGCGAUGGGUUCGACAGCGCACAUAUUUCCAAAUUCCGCCCUGGGGUAACUGUGUCCUCCGUUGUCCAAUGGCAGGUUGACCACCACGAGGGCUUUGUCACGGCAUUUAUUAGCACAAUGCGCCACUCUCCUAUCUACGCUCCUCAAGAAGACUGGAAAGCAUUGGCUGCGAUCCUGGAUACUAGGAGACGGGAUGCCCUGAAUAAAGAAGCUGGGCUUGGAUCUGGAAAGAUCCAUAUAGUACUGGGAGAAGACGACCCUGUUAUUGUCAAAGAUGAGACGAUGGAAGAUGCUGUACAGGCGUUAGGACUUCAUGGGACCGAAUUUACCGUUUUUCCUGGGGGACACGAAAUGCCCUUCACGACAGGUUCUGGCGUUGCAACUGCAAUGGUUCAAUUCUGGAGUCAAUAUUAGAUUUGGGUAUUCCAUUACUCGAUAGACUUUGCAUAUAGCCACCCAGGGAAACUUUCGAUAAUGAUAUGUUAGUUGGUAGACAAGCGGAGUAUCGCCAGCUCGUCAAUGGUAUAUUCCUGACUACGUACGUAUAAAUGGAUAUAUUGAAUUACUUGCUACAUACCCUAGGUAGCAUUAGGUAACAUACCUACAUGUGUAGUACAUGCGUUCCCAGUAUGCAGCAUGUAUGUAGAUAACUGCAUGCGAACUAUGAAGGUGUCUAUGA